AUUCCAUUUGUGCAAAACAAAUCUAAGCUUAAUCUUUACAGUGAGAUUAACAGAAAUGGCAAGCGCGACUGCUGGACAGGUUAUAACCUGCAAAGCUGCCGUGGCAUGGGCGGCAGGGGAGCCCCUGAAGAUAGAAAAAGUUGAAGUUGCACCUCCACAGGCCAAUGAAGUCAGGAUCAAAAUCCAUUACACUUCUUUGUGUGGCUCAGACUUUUCUUUCUGGCUAGCGAAGGGCCAAACCCCUGUGUUUCCGCGCAUAUUUGGACAUGAAGCAGCUGGAGUGGUAGAAAGUGUGGGGGAAGGAGUAACAGAUCUCAAGGAGGGAGACCAUGUACUGCCUGUGUUUACAGGAGAGUGUGGCAAAUGCAGGCACUGCAAAUCAGAAGAGAGCAAUCUGUGUGACUUUCUAAGGGUUAACCCGGACAGCGGAGUUAUGAUUAGUGAUGGCAAGUCGAGGUUCUCCAUCAGAGGACAACCCAUUUAUCACUUCACGGGGACAUCCACAUUCAGUGAAUACACCGUUAUACACGCUGGCUGUGUUGCCAAAAUAAAUCCUGCAGCUCCUCUUGACAAAGUCUGUAUUCUAAGCUGUGGUGUCUCCACAGGGAUGGGUGCUACAUUAAAUGUGGCCAAACCAAGGAAGGGAUCCACCGUAGCAAUAUUUGGUCUUGGAGGAGUUGGGCUUGCGGCUGCUGAAGGAGCAAGAAUUGCUGGGGCUUCCCGAAUUAUAGGCAUUGAUAUAAAUCCUGGAAGAUUUGAGAAAGCAAAGCAAUUCGGAGUAACUGAAUGUAUAAACCCAAAAGAUCACCAGAAACCUGUUGAACAGGUGAUUGCUGAAAGAACUAAUGGUGGUGUAGACUACAGUAUCGAGUGCACUGGGAGUCAAUCGAUUCAAGCAUUCGAAUGUUGUCACGACGGGUGGGGUGUGACAGUUUUAGUGGGAGUGCCUCGUUCCGAUGCAGUAUUCUCCACCAGUCCUGUGAGUUUCCUGAAUGAAAAAACACUAAAAGGAACCCUUUUUGGGAACUAUAAGCCCAAAUCGGAUCUUCCAGGUUUGGUGGAAAAAUACUUGAACAAGGAGAUUGAAUUGGAAAAGUUCAUCACGCACGAAGUAGAAUUUGCAGAUAUCAACAGGGCAUUUGAGUUGAUGAUGGGAGGAGAGAGCCUGAGAUGCAUAAUCAAGGUGAAUGCUUAGAGAGUGGAGAAGUCUCUAGGAUUUUGGAGGUUUUGGUUUACAAAAGAUCGUUCAACUGGCAGAAAGAUAAAGAGCGUCGAUGUUCAAGUGUUUUGGUUUUUUUUGUUGUCGUUGUUUUGGUUGAAUAUAUAGAACUUAUGCUA